AUGAAGAUUUUGGGCUCCUCUUCUCCCGUCCUCCCGCUCACGCUCCUCCUCCUCGUCGCGAUUUUCCUCCUCUCUAGCGUCAGCGAGCUCCAAGAUCUCCUCUUCUUCUCCAGGUUCGCGCGCCUGCUCCACAAAUCCGCGGCGCUCCAUUGCUCCGCCGGCGAUGCUCCCGGCGAUCGCGGGCGGCCUCCAAGAUCGCGCAACGCCAGCGCCGGUGCGGUGUCGUGCCCGCGAUAUUUCGCGAGGAUUCGAGAGCACCUGGCCCCAUGGCGAUCGACUGGGAUCACGAGGCGGAGCCUGGAUCGCCGGCAGCGGCUGGGGUCAAUGCGCGUCGCGAUCCUCGGCGGCCGGAUGUACGUCAGGGCGUACGGCGAUUGCCCGCAGAGCCGCAGCGUCUUCUCGCUCUGGGGCUUGCUCCUGAUGCUGGAAAGGUUUGGCGAUCGCGUCCCCGACGUGGAGUUUGUCUUGAAUUGCAAGGAUCGGCCCAUCGUGCCCAGGGAUGGAUCCUAUGGAGGCGCCCCGGCCCCGGUUCUCAGCUAUUGCAGCCAUCGCCAUAGCCUCGACAUCCCUUUUCCCGAUUAUUCCUUCUGGGGAUGGCCGGAGGUAAACAUUCGUCCCUGGGAGCAAGAAUCGCAGGAGAUAUUCCAGGGAUCCCAGGACGUUGAAUGGAACAAGAGGCAGCCCCUUGCGUUUUGGAAAGGGAAUUUGAGAAUGGGGAAGCUUAGAAAUCUCCUGGCUCGAUGCAACUCCACCGAGUUUGGCACCCUUGUCUUUGACCAAAACUGGAUUGCUGAAGCCAACGUUGGAUACGCAAACUCCAAGUUGUGCAAACAGUGCAACCAAAGGUAUAACAUCUAUGCUGAGGGAGCAGCAUGGUCGGCGAGCCUCAAGUAUAAAAUGGCUUGUGGCUCCACUUUGCUCUAUUUGGACUCGGAGUACGAUGAGUUCUUCACAAAAGGUUUGCUCCCAAACAUCCACUUUAUGCCAAUCUCUUCAAAGGAGGAGGAGAUGUGCCAAUCUUUGAGAGAUGCGGUCAACUGGGGAAACUCCCACGCGCAUGAGGCACAGAAUAUUGGGAGAAGUGGACAGGCUUUCAUGCGAGAGCAAGUUAACAUAGAUCAGGUAUACAAUUACAUGUUUCACCUUCUGUCGGAGUACUCCAGGCUGCAAAGGUUCACUCCGGAGAUACCCAGAGGAGGCCGAUUUUUUUGUAGAAGAGCUCUCCAAUACAUUGCAGAGUUGUAUGGCAAACAAAAUUACAUUGGGGCUCACAAAAGAGUCGAAGACUCUGAGCCAUGCACAAUGCUAUUUAACAUUACUUCAUAGAUUGUAUAAAGGUAAAUUAAUAUUUUUUAUUAUCAUGAAAAAAACAGGAAAAGGCAUAAAAUUUGUUAUCUUCUUUUCUUCAGAAUUUCUAAUUUUAGCUUUAAAGCGAAGGAGCAAUGCACCUUAUUGUUAAGCUUCAUGUGAACUUAUGAUAGCAGGAAACUAAAAGAUGGGAAGUUUAGUGUGUU